UCGUAUAUCUGGGCGUAGAAUCCCAAUUCUCUUUGACGUCGAAGGAAGAAGUUCAGAGAGUCUGGGGGAUUAAUUUUCGCCAUCAGAUUUGUUUUGUUGUGGAUACUUUUCAUUGCUUCAAUUGAAAGCUUUUUACUUUUGGUGCGAUAGAUUAGUGUUAGUGUGCAGAAGGUUUGGUAAGAACUGAAGAAACAACAAUCCAAUGGAGUGUGUAGUUCAAGGAAUCAUCGAGACACAGCAUGUUGAAGCUCUUGAGAUCCUCCUUCAAGGUCUCUGUGGUGUUCAACGCGAACGCUUGAGAGUCCAUGAGCUAACUUUGAAAAGCGUCCCAAAUCUUGGAGUUGUAUCUUCAGAAGUUAGGCUUCUAUGUGACCUCGACCAACAACCAGAGCCCACAUGGACGGUUAAACAUGUUGGUGGUGCGAUGAGAGGUGCAGGAGCUGAUCAGAUCUCUGUUAUGGUGAGAACCAUGAUCGAAAGUAAAGUCAGCAAGAACGCCUUGCGUAUGUUCUACUCGCUCGGUUACAAACUAGACCACGAGCUUCUCAAAGUUGGCUUCGCUUUUCACUUCCAACGGACAGCGCACAUAAGCGUCUCUGUGUCUUCGGUGAACAAGAUGCCUAAGAUUCAUGCCAUAGAUGAGGCUGUCCCUGUAACUCCUGGGAUGCAGAUUGUUGUUGUCACAGCUCCAGCAACGCCUGAGAAUUACAGUGAAGUUGCAGCUGCUGUUUCAUCCUUCUGUGAAUUUCUCGCCCCGCUUGUGCACUUGUCGAAACCCUUCAUCUCUACGGGAGUUGUGCCGACCGCUGCUGCGGCUGCUGCAUCUCUUAUGUCGGAUGGAGGUGGUACUACAUUAUGAGAAUUGUGUUAUCUCAUGUUUUGGUUUAAUGUUUGUGUAUUUUGUUCACAUCAAUCACACAAUGUGGCGAGUGAGUGAUCAUGAUGUCUAGAGUUGGAGUCCUUUUCACCCCAUUUCUACUAUUUUAGCCUAUAGUAUUUUGACAGAAGACACAUUGGAUCUUUGGAAAUUCACAUCUUUUUGUCAGUAGUGAAAGCUUGAGUAUAUA